UAUAUCGUUCAGUCCGACAGGGAAGUGGCUCAACUUCUCAGAGCAGGUGUUUUCGGAGGAGCUCAAUGGAGGCGUGAGGAGGGGAACUUUCAUAUAUUUUCCUCUUUACACACCUUGCGUACUAAACUUUUAGAUGUUUGCAAAAAUGGUUUCUAAGUUGACAUCUCUGCAACAGGAGCUUCUGAGCGCCUUGUUGGACUCUGGAGUGACUAAAGAUGUGCUUCUGCAAGCGUUGGAGGACCUGGACCCGAGCCCGAGCGCUUUUGGAGUUAAACUGGACGGUCUGCAGAUGUCCCCCUCCGGGUCCAAGCUCAGUGACACGGACACAAAGCCGGUGUUUCACACGCUGACCAAUGGACACGGUAAAGGGAAGUUAUCAGGGGAUGAGGGCUCAGAGGACGGGGAUGAUUUCGAUACCCCUCCGAUCCUGAAAGAGCUUCAGUCCCAAAACACGGAGGAAGCCGCGGAGCAGAGGGCAGAAAUCGACAGAAUUUUGGCAGAGGACCCGUGGCGCGCGGCCCGCAUGAUCAAAGGCUACAUGCAGCAGCACAAUAUCCCUCAGCGCGAGGUGGUGGAUGUGACAGGCCUCAAUCAGUCGCACCUGUCGCAGCACCUGAAUAAAGGCACGCCUAUGAAAACGCAGAAACGCGCGGCGCUCUACACCUGGUACGUCAGGAAACAGCGGGAGAUCUUACGACAAUUCAACCAGGCCUCGCAAGGCUCUGGCAGCAACAUGUCAGACAAAGCCAACCAGGAUCAGGUGCUACUUUUUUUCUCUGAGUUCAGUCAGUCCGGGCAGGUUAUGGCGCAGUCAGGGGAUGAUGCUGGCAUUGAACCUGCUUGCAAGAAGAUGAGACGCAACCGCUUCAAAUGGGGGCCUGCAUCCCAACAGAUCCUUUACCAGGCUUACGAACGACAGAAGAACCCCAGCAAAGAGGAGAGGGAGGCACUGGUGGAGGAGUGCAACCGAGCUGAAUGCCUCCAGAGAGGAGUAUCACCAUCCAAAGCUCAUGGGCUUGGCUCCAACCUGGUCACAGAGGUGCGAGUCUACAACUGGUUUGCCAAUAGGCGGAAGGAAGAAGCCUUUAGACAAAAAUUGGCUAUGGAUGCCUAUAGCGGGCCAACGCACAAUCUGAACUCCCUUCUUACACACAGCUCCCCGCAUCAUCCACAAACCAGCAGCUCACCACCAAGUAAGAUGCAAGGUGUCCGGUACAGCCAACAAGGUCCUGGUGAAGUCAGUUCCUCCACAACGAUCAAUCACCAUAGCAGCAAUGCCAUGACAACCAGCCAAUCAGUGUUACAGCAGGUCUCUCCGGGGGUUCUGGACCCCAGCCACAGCCUUCUGUCACCUGACGCCAAGAUGAUCUCAGUAUCAGGCGGAGGUCUUCCUCCAGUCAGCACCCUGACCAACAUCCAUGCAUCCCACCACAUGCACCAACAGACCCACAACCUCAUUAUGCCCCUUUCUGGAGUCAUGGCCAUUGCACAAAGUUUAAACACAUCGCAGGGACAGACGGUACCUGUCAUCAACAGUGUUGCAAGCAGUCUAGCAGCAUUGCAACCGGUGCAGUUCUCGCAGCAGUUCAAUGGCCCUCACCAGCAGCUCAUGCAACAGUCAUCCAGCCACAUGAGCCAGCAGCCCUUCAUGGCUUCUGUCUCACACUCACACAUGUACUCACACAAGCAGGAGCUGCCCCAGUACUCUCACUCUUCUCGGUUUCCCCCUGCCAUGGUGGUGACAGACUCCAACAGCCUCAGUACGCUGAGCUCAAUGUCCUCCAGCAAACAGUGUCCACUGCAGGCCUGGUGAGCACGUACACCUGACUUCCUCGAUGCCUAGCAACAGGAGCACAUCGUCCCCUCCUCCAUUCCCCCUCAUCAUGCCUGUAUCCAUGGCAACCCAUAUUAAGUGCAAGCGGCACUCUGGAUGAUGAGUCAGUCAAUAAACCAAGGAAUGCAGGACUGACGAAAGCGGACACUGUUAGGUCAAUCGAUCAACAAGGGUACAGUAUUUUACAUCUCAGUGAUGGACAAACCAUAUUGAGGAACAUGGGUGAUCACGAAGAACAAACUAAUAGGAAACACAAGACAAAGCUACAGAUACAAAGACCUGAAAGGAAUGGAGAGACCUGAUUU